CACUGAUGAACUAAGUACCUACGUGCUAAAUACUAUAAAAAGAAAUGGCAUGGGAUGAAAAAAUACUUAAAGUAAUUUCUUGAAUACUUUGGUACACUCGAAAAAGAAAACAAAAACGAUUUUUUCUACAGUAGCUGACUCGUCUGAAUUUGACGUAAGAAAAUUAAUUCCAGAGUAUGGAGCAGAAGAUAUUGAGUGCAGUGGAGGAGCAAUGGCUCAAGCUCCUAAUCCUAUUCGCCUUAUCGGUCACCUUCAUCUGGAAGAAAAUCUGGCCCACCACCCACUCCGCCAUUCCCCCCAACCUCAAAACCGUUCCCAUCGUCUCCGGCGCCCUCCCAUUUGUCGGACACGGCAUCGCCUUCUCCAAGGACAUUGUCGGAUUCAUUUCCAACUGCUAUGAAAAAUACGGCAAGAUUUUCCGCAUCAAAAUUUUCCGCGUCGACAUGGUCGUAAUUUGCGAUAGGACGAUGAACAACGAAUUUUUCAAGGCCACCGAGGACAAAAUGUCGCUUUACGAUGUCCUCACCCGCCUCUACUUCGCCGACGCUUUCUCCGACGAGCCCACCUCCCUCCCAAGAAUUAUCAACGUCGUAAAAAAAUCCAUUGCCGUCCGGUACGACACUUUCGCCCCCAAAAUCGAGCACGAAGCUAGAAAAAUGAUAGCCAGAUUGAGAACGGAGGUUUCCUCGGGUAAGAAAAUUGACCUGAUUAAGGAAAUGACCCGUUUUGUAGCGACAACUAGUGCAUCCUGCUUCAUUUCUGUGGAGUUAACGGACCAACUAUUCGCAGUUUUACUGAAAUUUACCCAUCUUCUCAAUUCCGUCGUCGUGCUGACCUAUUUCCUUCCAAAAUGGUUGCUCCGUCUCCUCGUCAACCCAUUCUUGGCUCGUCUCCGUAAACAGAUAACUUCCGUGUUAUCCCCGGAAAUUGAAAAAUACAGGGAAAAUUUAGAUAAAUCCGAUUCCCUCAUUUUACGAGCGGCUGUCGAUUACAUUGACGAGGAGAGUGGGGCGAACCUCACAAAUCAAGAGAUUGGCGACAUCGUCGUCUGUCUUUUGUAUGUUAGCUCGGAAAAUACGGCGCUAGGGUUGACCAACACGGUGACAGAUUUAGCCUGCAAUACGACCUACUGGGAAAAAUGUAAGCGGGAAGCGGGUCUCUAUUUAGGUGGGGAUAGUACCGAUAUCAAAGGUCUCUUCGCCAGCCCCUUGAUAAAUGCUUGCGUCAUGGAAAGCGCUCGUCUCAACUCGCAUAUUUUCGCCCUCAAUAGAAAACCGUUAGAUAAGCUGGCAUCCAUCGGUGGGUAUCAUGUCGGUCAUGCGGAAACCAUUGCGAUGUGUGAGCCCAUGUUGAUGGUGCAUGCUUCCGCACAAGAAAUUUUUUCGAAUCCUAAAAUCUACAAUCCUGACCGCUUUCUUGGCCCUGCGAAGGAAUCCAUGGCACCGUUAAGCGUCAUGACGUGGGGCGCCGGUGUUCAUCUCUGUCCUGGGAAAAUGUUUUCUAUUUAUGAAAUCAAAAUGGCAUUGGGAUUAAUUUUGCUAAAUUUCGAGUUCGAAUUAGAAAAAGGUUCCAUUUCAAAAAUUGAUUACUUUUCCCCCUCCGCCUUUGCUGAGAGGAAGGUGCAAGCCAGUCUGAAAGUUUUGGUAGAGGAGAGUUCUUCAUCCCCACAAAAUAAGGGUGACCUUGCAAACGUCAUUGUGCUAAAAAAUGGGCAAAAAUGUCACUAUUAUCGAGGUGAAAGUACCACCGGGAGUCAGGACGGGUGGCUGCUGCGAGACUUUAUUUCCCGUGAGGAGCAAAUUUCCUUGUAUCAGAAUAUUUUCGAAUUGUCCAAAAAUUCUAAAGAACACGAUGAGAUUUGGAAAAUUCCAUCGGAUAAGGUUUACCCUUUUGCUUAUCAUAACUUGGUUUACACGGGAGAAAGUAAUUGUCCUCCUCCAACGGCGUGGUACGAAUGGGCAGCAAAUUUGUGGCAACUGUUGGAAUCCGAUAAAAAACUGGUUUCAUUUUCUGGCCCUGAAAUCAAGGGAUUUAAUUCGCUCUAUGCACAAUUGUAUGGGGUCGGAGGGUCGAUGAAGUUGCAUAAGGAUGAGCAUGUCUCGUGGGGAAUUAGUGUCAAUUUGGGGGCAUCGACCACCUUCGUUUUUGGUGGGGAAAAAAUCUUGCUGCAUUCUGGGGACGUUUUUAUUGCGGAUUUCUCCCAAGUUGAGCAUGGGGUUGAGGCUGUGCAUGAAACUUCCAUGCCGGACUGGUUUUCGAAGGAGAGUGGAAUUGUGGAGAAUUUUGAUAGGGUGAGAUGCAGUGUGCAAAUUCGAGAUAUUUCGAACCUUUCGGAAAGAAAUUUCAUUACGAGGGAAGAGUUUACUAAACUUCUCAAGUAAAAUGGAGCCAACAAUUUUUUCAUGCUAAUUAAAUAUCUUAUUUGGUUAAGUUGUUUGUUUUUCCUAAAUUUGCAUGGUUUUAAAUAUUAAAUAUUUAUUGAUGUGGGCAAUCUCAUUUGUAAUAGGUUAUGUAAUUUUUUAACUUUAUGCUUAUGCUAUUUGUACAUACCUGAUUAAAUAUGUACUAAAACAAUGCUAUAAUUUCAAUAUCAAAUUGUAAAUCAAUCCAUGGGAAUUGCAGAUAUGUAAAUUAGCAGUCCAAUGCUAUUUUCUCUUACGUGGUGAAAUGUGUGUAAAUAUGACCAAAUUUUUGUAUGCCAAAUCGAGUAAUUUGCAUAUGCAGUUUUAUGAACGUAGAAAUAAACUUAAGAUAUGCUAACUGCAACCAACUAAAACUUUCUCUCGUAUAUACACAAAUGAAUAAAUAAAUUUUAUAAUAGCAUUUAAAUUAUCUUUUAUGUAAAUUAUGAUAAGUGAACUUAAUUAGAAAUCUACUCAUCAGCUUUUCCCCAAUUUGUUGAUAAAUUUAUAAAACUUUUUUAGCAAAUUAAGCCAUCAUAAUUCAUAGAAUAAAUAUUUGUGACUAAUUCGAAAUAUAAAUAAAAUAGAAUGCUUUCAACUUCAAGAC